AUGUCGAAAGAAACACAGACAAAAGUAAAGUUUAGUUAUAAUCGCAGUUCUCGCAAGGUUUUGAUUGAUGUAAAACACGGCACAACUGUGUGGUUUACCGGCGAAUUAGCAACGGUCUUGGGAUUUGACCAGGACACACUUAUUGAAAAGAAAACGUCGAGUCCCUGUGCUGCAGAUAUCAAUGGUGAAUUUUCCUCCAUGUAUAUCUAUACUGAUAUCGUUGAUGCACAGUUUGUGGGCGAUGUGAAAGUUCCUUUACUACGAAUCGUUAAUAUCGAAGGGGAAUAUGGAAACACCGUUCACGACAGUUUCGUAAUUUGCAAUACGUACCGGUCAAAGUAA